AUGGCCUUAAACCUGGACUCGCUACUUAACCAGUCGCAAGCCCUGGACCCCCAGCCGGAAUCAAACUCGCUGUUCCAGAUGUCGCUGCCUUGGGACGGGAUGUCGCUGAACCAGCUGUCGUUGGACCCGGUGUCGUUGGACUCCCUGUCGUUGGAUCAGAUGUCACCCUGGGACGACCCGCUCUUUGCGCAAGACGCUUUACUUAACGAAUCAUCGCCGCUCGGGGUGCCCAGCCAACCAGAGAAGUCGGGGAAGUGGCCGAACGAUUCCACUGAUGAGGCAGUAACUGACGAGGCAACAACUGGUGAGCCCAUCAGAGAUGAGACCGCCACUGAAGAGGCCAUAAUUGGUGAGACAAUAACUGGUGGUUUAAUCAUUGAUGAGGCCGCAACUGGUGGGCAGGACGACACGG